UUUUCCAUGUUCAUCAACGCCGUUUCCUCGAUGCUGGCUCUGUACGGCGUGACGAUUUACACGAGGGUCGCUGCCGAGCCGCUGAGCCACUUCUGCAUCCGACCAAUCAAGGUCAUGAUUCAGGUUCUGAUCGUCUUGCACAGCAUUCAGAGUCCGUUAGUGCAGCUGUUUGCGUGGAAAGUUCUGCGUUGUGAUUACCUGCUUUCGGCCCACGCUCGAAGCAGCUUCUGGCUUCAAAUCCUCCUGAUUUUCGAAUGUUUCCUGCUGGCCGCGUUGUCCAGUUGGAUGUUGAGACCAAGCAAGAACUCGGUCUUCGACCGUUACCAUGCUUCGUCGGUGUUUGUACAGCAAAUUGGCAGUCAGCCAUAG